AAUUAAACAGUAGUGAGGGGGCAUGCGUGUUUUUGUUUAAAGGAUGAACUUAGAUUUUAUUUCCUGCAAUGGUUUUAAUGCAUCACAAAAAAUUAUUUUAGGUUUUCGUCUUUUAAUGUUUUUAAAUCAUUACUUUUGUACAUUUUAUCCCAAACCAACACAUAAGUUGAUUAAAACCUUUCAAAUUUAAUGCAUUCAAAUGCAACAACUUAAAUCUGCAUUUUUAAAGUGUCAAUAAAGUUUUAGUUUGAACCAUCAUGGCGACGCGCAUCGUCACUUCAGCUGUUACAGGCUCUUCAAAUGUUUUAUUAAAAGACAUAUUUUUGAAGAAAAUCCGCUUCCUGUUGAGCACUUGCACUGCAAACGGUAACCGGAGGUUGUUCGGUUCAUACCGCUCCCGUGAUUUUGCAGCCCCCGAUGGCUGUGACAUUGUAGAUCACUUUGACCGCCUGGUUCAAGGUGGAUCUCUAAGGAUUGAUGCCCAGCAGAGACGGGUCAUCCUGCGGCUAGCUCAGCUGCAGCUCACGUUGAAGACGUACAGCAACCGCCCGUACCUGAACACAACAACCAUGGAGUCAAACGAUGAGAGCAUUCAACGUCAGGAUGGAAAAACCUCAAUAUUUACAGCUAAAAAUCGUAGACCUGCUCCUGUGCCACCUCCGAAAGGCUUCUACAUAUACGGAGACGUCGGCACGGGGAAGACCAUGCUCAUGGAUCUGUUUUACUCCCACGUGGAGCACAGCUGCAAAAAAAGAGUGCACUUCAACGCCUUCAUGUUGGACAUCCACAAAAGGAUCCAUCAGAGGAAACAAAGCCUGCCACAACGAAGGCUGGGGAAAAUGUUCACCUAUGACCCCAUAUCACCGGUUGCCAUGGAAAUAGCCAAUGAGACCAGUCUGUUGUGUUUUGAUGAGUUUCAGAUCUGUACAAAAAUGGACUUCAGAGGGACACCUUCCUGCCUUUCAUCCACGUGCUGAAGAAUUAUUGUCACACCGUCUGCCUGGACUCAGGGAUUGAUUACAGGACUUUGGAUCAACCUGCAGCUGGAAAACUCUACUACCUCUCAGGAGAGCCUGGUGCAGAGGCCCACCUGGAUUCCCUGUUUGAGGAGCUAACAUUAAGACAAAAGACUGUUACGGCUCCGCGGGUGAUUACUGUGCUGGGCCGACGUUUGACUCUGCAGAAGACCUGUGGAUCUGUUGCUGACUGCACCUUUGACGAGCUGUGUGGCAGACCUCUGGGUGCCGUCGACUACCUGGAGAUAGCGCGGCUUUUCGACACUGUUUUUAUUCGCCACGUUCCCACGUUGACUUUAUCGCUGAAGGACCAAGUCCGACGCUUCACCACCCUCAUAGACAACCUCUACGACCGCAAGGUGAGAGUGGUGCUGCUGGCAGCCGCUCCUUUAGACCGACUGUUUGUCCACACUGGAGGGGAGGACGAGAGGGAUCGGCAGCUACUGGAUGACCUUGGCCUCAGCGGGGAAGCAGCAGAGCGCCUCACGCUGUUUACUGCUGAGGAGGAGAUCUUUGCCUUCCAGAGGACCGUAUCCAGACUCAGGGAGAUGCAGACAGAGUCAUACUGGAUGGAUGGAGAUCGCACAAAGACACAGCAAAUCCUGACAUGUUCAUAAUCUAUGUCAAAACGGCACAGGAAAACUUCAUUAAUUAGCCACAUUCUGGGAUUUUAGGGACCCAAGAGUGAUGUUCACAACUUAAAAAUAAACAUAUGAUUGACAAACUCUUUUA